AUGUCGCAAUCUCUAGGUCGCACUCGCCUAGCCUACUCCCGCACAUGGCACACCCUCAACCUCUCCACAGAUCCUCGACCGCUCGGUCGUGUAGCGACCUCGAUAGCCCAGGUUUUGAUGGGCAAGAACAAACCGAUAUACGAUCCAGCAACCGAUUGUGGUGACUACGUCGUGGCUCUGAACUGUGCACAUAUACAAACUACCGGCAAAAAACGACAGCAAAAACUAUACUAUACACACAACACAAAGCCCGGAAGUCUCAAGUCGAUGAGUAUGGACGCAAUGAUGAGCAAGUGGGGUGGUGGUGAGGUGUUGAAGAAGGCGGUAUACGAGGGAGAACAAAAUCCAUAUGGAAAAAAUCUGGUGAAGUUUGCUGGGAGGAAAUUGAGGCCAGACUCGGGUAUUGCCGAGGGUCAAAUUGUGGAAGCGAUGGCCAAGGUGAAGAUAGAAGAGCCACCAGAGAAACAGCCGGCGUAG